AUGGUAAUACUUCAUCCAAAAAGUGCCAACUUGGCUCACAAACUUCGUUCACUUCGAUCAACAAGGAAAUGGGUAUUUCUCUCCACAAGUCCGCUUGGUCUUAUAUACUUCUUUGGCUUUCGAGUAAAGUUAAGAAGUGUACAAAAUUAUGAUGCACCAACAAAAAGAUUUAAAAAUCGACACAAAAUGGAGGGAGGGGAUCCAUAUAUGUCUAAAAGGACUAAAGGUGGACGAAGACUUCAAAUCACACCUCAGAAGUCCAAACCGCUGGAGGUCGACAAUCAUUCGGAGAGAAGUCUACGAGAUUCGCGCAGUCAAGCCAGCACUGACCAAGAACAGGCUUCAAUGCAAUCAUUCAAAUCUCCAAUUCAAGUGCAAUUUGGAAACAUGGAAAUGAAUUUGAUUGUAUCUGCCCAAAGUACUAAUACGUUAUUAUUCCGGCUACUUUUGAUGUGCGCAUUUAAACAAGUAAAUAAAUGCGAGAGAAACAUUGCCUGUUUACUUAAAGCGUAUGCACAUAUUUCCUUAAGUUUGUGUAAAUCCUCUCCACCACAAAAUACAUCGAGUAUUGGGGCAUUACUGCCCCUUUCUACAAUGCAACAGCCCUUGUUAGAUCAAUGGUCAUUUUUUAAUACGAGGGAACAUCAAAAUUUCAACGUCACUUUUGCCGCAUUACGUUUAGGAGAAGCCAAAACAAGUAGUCUUUUCGCAACAGAUGGCAAAUUUCAAAAAAAUUGCAGUCCAUAUUAUAAACCUAUUUCAUUUCUUGAGAAACAUGCAACAAUUAAUAACAGACUAGCUGAAUUGACAGGCAGCAUUUGGCAAGUUUCCUCUAUCUCCUCUCUCCAAGCUAACCAGUCUCCACACUUAAAUACAAAAGAUGAUGCAAUAGAUCCUCGUAAAAUUAAACCAUCCAUUUCUGAUGCACAAAGCAUUCAUUAUAAAUUGAUCAAUGACACAUGUCACAUAUUCGUGACAGUUAGUCUAGAAGUCGCACACGAACAUAUAUGUCAAUUAAUGUCAUAUAACGGCCAGAAUUAUUGUGACUCCCUGCGAACAAAGUGGAAGACAACUCCCAAGAAUGCAUUACUUUCACCUAAACGCCGUAUGUUAAAACAUGGGGAAUUAAACACCACACACAAUACAAUUUCAUCAAAGGAAACCUUCCUCGGUUAUUUUGAAGCAAAAAAAAGUUGUCGUUUUUGGUCAUUUUAA